GUUUUCUUUUCAUACAAAAAGGUCUCUCUUAAUUUAAUAUAUAUAAGAGAUGGGUUAAAACUAGUGUAUAUAGAAAACCAAAGCUAUAGAAAAAUUUCAGACGUGAAUCAAAAUCAAACAUGCAUACACAAAUAUAUCUUUCUUUCAUCAUCUUCUUAUGUCUUUCGUCGGGGAAAAAAAUUAUGAGAGUCAACGCAGAUGAGAGCCAAGGAGAUUGGUGUGUGGCGAACCCUGCUACGGAUGAUGAGAAACUUGUAAAAAAUAUAGACUUCGCAUGUUCCAAAAUCGAUUGUCAAAUUAUAAUGCCAGGAGGUUCAUGUUUUGUUCCUGAUAAUCCCCAUAAUCACGCUUCUGUCGCAAUGAAUCUUUAUUACCAAGCUCAAGGAAGACACCGUUGGAAUUGCGAUUUCGAAGGCUCUGGUCUCGUUACCGUAAUUGAUCCUAGCUACGGGAGCUGCAAAUUUCAAUAUCGUAAGUGAAAUAUACAAAGUUUCGUGUUUGUAACAGUUUCAUGUUUGAUAUCUAAAGUUUGAAUGGUUCGAAAUAUUUGAGUUUUGUAUCAUUGUUUACUUUCAGAUAUUGGAUAUUGUUACUAACUGUUAAAAGCAAUAAAAUAAGG